CACUCCAUAUAAUAAUCGGAUGCAUGUAAAAGAGAAGGGAGACGUCGCCAUGUCGGCUACGGGUCCCAUAAGUAAUUAUUAUGUGGAUUCUUUAAUCAGCCAUGAGAGUGAGGAUGUUCUGGCGAGUCGUUUCUCAGCUACUGGUCCGAUAUCCUCCAGCUCACGCCCGACGCCACUGGUACCGGAAUGCGCGGAUUACCCGUCCUGCAGCUUUGCCCCGAAUCCACCAGUCUUUACUACCUCUUGGGCCCCUGUUCACUCCCAAUCGUCCGUGGUUUACCAUCCAUACACUCACCAACAUCACCUAGGCACAGACACAAGGUAUGUUCGCUCUUGGCUGGAGCCUAUUCCCGGUACAGUGUCUUUUCCAGCAUAUGCUGGGAACACCAGGCACUUUGGGCUGAAGCCCGAUACCUUCCAGGAUCCUCGUGCUGGAGACUGUCUGGGCUCGAACGGGCGCACUUAUACGGAUUAUAUCUACUGCUCUGCCGUCGACAUUAUAGAAAAACAACAGAACACACCAUCGCCGGAGACGGAGAGCCUGUCUUCCGGGAAGCACAAAGACGACAAGGCUGAAUUAGACCCAAACAAUCCCGUGGCAAACUGGAUCCACGCGCGCUCAACCCGAAAGAAGCGUUGUCCAUACACCAAGUAUCAAACACUCGAACUCGAAAAGGAAUUUUUAUUCAAUAUGUACCUCACAAGGGACCGGAGAUAUGAGGUAGCAAGAGUCUUGAACCUAACGGAGCGACAAGUCAAAAUAUGGUUCCAGAACCGAAGGAUGAAGAUGAAGAAAAUGAACAAAGAAAAAAACGACAGUAAAGAACAAUAAAUCAAAAGUAAUUUGUUGGAUGCAGACUAAAGGAAUAUCAUCAUUUAGUAUCGUCACGAGUCUAACAUUUAGCACCUUCGGUCCAUACCAGGAACGGAGCAAACGAAUUUCCAUAUGGAUAUCCUUUACAACGUGGUGAUUCAAGUAUGAUUUAAUAUAAGUGUAAUUUUACCAUCCUGCCUUGAGUCAUAUUAAUAGUAGGCUAAAUGUAGUGUGGAUUUACAUAACAUUUCUUUUCUCACAAACACAAAUGUGGACUCUACACAGAGGAUGCCCGAAGUUUCAGCGAGAAAAUACUUGAACUUUAUUUUCAAUUUCUUAAUUUAUGCUCUCUACGUGAUUGUUUCUUUUCUAUGCUUCCGUUAUUUUAGGAGGUUUGAAAGCCGAGUAUUUUAUAAAGAAUAACAAAUCUGUAGUUCAAACAAUAUACGUGUUUACGUCGAUGUACUUAGUUUGUUUCUGGUGUACCUGUUUGUGUAGUUUACAUUCUUUAACUGUUAAAAGAGUUACAUCAUAGAUUGUAGAUAUAUAUACAAAUAUAUACAACCAUGUAAAUAUGACUUUGUGUCUUAUUCCAAUUAUUUGACUGCAUAAAAAAGACAUUCGCUGCAAAAACAGGCUGUUGGAGUUUGGCCUACGCAGGCAAUGUUCUCAUCUGGAAAGUAUCGAGGUUGGAAUUAGUGCACGAUGGCAAGGCUUUUGUAAAUGGGUAGGCAGUAUGAAUAUGCCAGUAUACCGAAAUCUAAAAACUGCACAUCUCGAAAAGAUGAAACACCUAAACGCCUCAUCCACCACCUAUCGUGCCUUAAUGUCAUAUUUGCAACUUUCAUUGGAAGCCUGUUUCCUAUAGCACUAAAACAUUGUUUUAUUAAUUUGGAGCCUUGUCUUUUUAUAUAUAGGCUAUAUAUAUAUAUAUAUAUAUAUAUCAAAUUGUAUAUAUAAUAAAAGACAAAGCUCAAUAUUAAUAAAACACACACACACACACACACACACACACACACACACACACACACACAUAUAUAUACAUUUAUUUGGUUUUGAAAAUUAAAUUACGAUAUUAACAGUUUAUUGUUAUUAUUAUUAUUAUCAACAUUAUUAUUGUCUUUUUUUCAUGGGAUUUCAUUUUACAGGUUAAACUUAUAACAUUGACAAAACUCCGAGUUUACCGGUGUUUCAUUAUGAGGUUGAGAUUAUAUGUUAUGGCGACAAAAUAUAUACAUAUUUAUUGAACAACUUUUGAAA